AUGGAUCUGAAUGUGGGACAGACUUUGGAUAAGGUUGGUUUUUGAUGUUUAUUUUAAUUUUAUAAGUGGUUUGCAACAGGAAAAGCAUCAUAAUACUGGUCAAAAUAUUAGGGUAUAGAACAGAAGAGAAAAACGUCAACUUUUCAGGUAAAAGACGAUCAAUACGAGGCCCUAAUCACAUGUGGAAGAUGCCACCCUGGUGGUCUUACUUUUGGUCUUGGGACACGUGAUGGCAAUGUCAAGAUCUGGGAGGUCAAAGAGCAAAAGAGAGUCAAUUUGUUUGCUGGACACCAAGGAACAGUAAAGUCGUUGGCAUAUAGUGAAAACGGCUACUACUUGGCAUCUGGAGCCGAGGAAGGAGAAGUCAAGAUUUGGGACAUGAGAAAUCUGGGCAAUGUCAAGACUUUUGCUGUUGGAGAUGGCAGUCAUCUAAUAAGUUUUUUGGAAAAGUUAGUAAAACUGAGAUUUCAGUGUACGUGUUAGUGUUUAAUUUUUUGAAAGUAAAGGGCCUAACAAUUUGUUAAAUUUUUUCGAUGUUGUGUUUUAUAACCCACCUUAUUUUAGGUAAGCUCAGUAACCUUCGACCAAAGUGA